AUGCAACCCCGUUGUUUUAACUCACAUCUUCUACAUGAGUUACCUGUGGUUUUCUCCCUUCAUGUUACCCAGGUGCAUGCUGUGGAUCGAGAUGCAGGCAAUAACGGGACUGUUAAGUACAAACUGGGUGCCAUAACUCUGUACGAGUCGACUGGUAAUACUAAGGCGGGAUUGCAGCCAUGCGAUCAGCCGUCACUCUCGUCUCAUUCAACUCUUCGUGCCAAAUACACCACUUUAGAUUUGACAGAUUAUUUCCAAAUCGAUCCCUUGUCUGGAUCUUUCAGCCUCAAAUCCGCACUACCGGACCAGUUGAUUGAUUUAUCCUGUCGUAUCGCAAUUUCGGCCCGAGAUGGCGCAUCCGUUCCUAUGGAAUCCACGAUACACAUGUGCCUAACAAUUACUGAUGCACUUGACGAAUCUGAUGGACUGAAUCGAACGGGUUCGACCUCGGGGACUUCAAUGCGCCUGCGAGGACGGAAUUCGAGAACCACAUUUUAUUUGUACGUGAUAGCGGCCAUAUCGAUUGUAGGUUUACUGGCCUCCAUCGCGUUCGUUCUCAGUGCCUACUUCUUGUGGCAUCGACCACGAUCGAAAACUAUACGUGAUGGAACAACAAUGAUACGUUUUCACGAGGUGAACAACAUGGCAAGUAGGACCAAUGUCGAUAAAAUGGAAUAUGUCACAAAUUAUGGGUCCAGCUAUGGAUCACCAUCCGCAAUGACCUUGCUGCCAACCGCUGCCAACGGAAAGCUGCUAUUUGAGAUAUUCAAGGAGACAAGCCGUCCACAAAACGUGGAUAGUUGUGAUAUUCACAAAAAUGGAUUUCAUCCUCUGAAUUGUUCACAACAAUAA